AUGGCGGACAAAGAUGGAGUAAUCAUUGAGCUAAAAAACAAGCCAACUACCAAUCAUACAUAUCAAGCUUCUACCACUACCGGAACCGGUAAUGUUAAAAUUACUGUCACAAGAUCUACUGAACCUCUUGGAUCUGACUUCCUCAAGUAUACCCAUACUCCAGAAAAUAGACAACCAUUCGCACUAAAAGAAGUUAAAGAUGAUAGCAAUCAACCUAUUCCAGGACCAACAAAUAUAGAUAAUGUAACUUCAGUUUCUGCUUAUUACUGGCAACAUGAGAAUGGUCCUGGUACUACUCCUGGAAAGGCUCUCCUUUUAAUUGUUACUACUAGGGGUGGAAAGAAUGAAACCAAGUAUUACGGCAAUAGAAAGAGUGCUGAUGGUAAUAAUAAGUGGAUUGUACUUAAUAGCGGUUCUAGACCUCACCUACUCUAUAGUGAUAUUGAAAGGACACUAGAUGAUCUGGUUUGUUCGAACUAUGAUGCAGUCACCAUAGAUCUUAGCAAGGGUACGUCAGAGUACCAUGGCAGAAGCAGUAAAGAUCCAUAUUGUUGCCGUUGUGAUGGUCAUAAUAACACAAAGAUCACGGUUACUAUUGAUAAAGUUCCAGCUGCAUCUAAAGUUGAAUACUUCAAACACUCCAUUACAAAUCCUAAGCAUAAACUUGCAAGGAUAAGGUACUACGAUAAGGGUGAAGGUACUUAUAGGACUAAUAAUCCCAACUAUAGAAGACGUAUAAAGUCUCAUGCAUUGAAAUUUCCAACCUCUGACGUAAGAAGCGUCUCUGCAUUUUAUUGCGGACAGAAUCCAGCUCUUAUUUACGUUGAUGGAGGUACAGCCACAGGCUGGUACAAGAAGCCUACCAGUAGUGAUAAAGAUGAGCAGUGGACACAAGUAGAUAUUCUCCAAGGCAUAACACCGGAGAAAAUUACUGAAUGUACUAACUUUAACAAACUUAAAAAUGUAGUAUAUUGUGCAAGUACUGUAACAUGUCCUCAACCUGCUCUAUCUCCUGCUAAUCUUUCCGGACCUGCUGAUCCUGGACCUAGAGGACCUGCUCUAUCUGAGGAAGUCCCAGCUUCUGACUUAUCUGACCAGGUUCCUGAUACAGAGUCAGAGACCAAGAUUCUUCUACAAGCUACUCCUGCUCCUGCUACUGCUUCUCCUGCUGCUCCUGAAGCUAAAAAGGAACCUUUUGUUAGUAUUCUUACUGGUAGCUCUGCAUUAGCUGGAUAUGUCUCUUCAGGUACCCUUGCUGGAAGUGCCGCAACAUUUUUUGGAGGAUGGAAACUUUAUAAUCGCUAUAAAGGAGAUCCUUGGGUUAGACAGAUUUAA